GUGGGGAGUGUAUCGUUCUUUCGUUAUCAGCAGGAUUGGGGUCUGCAAGUAGAACUGCGCAUGCUGUCUGGAGUUGCCGUACUGUUGGUUAUUGAUAUUCUGAUGUUGCUUAUCUGGCAGUUGACUGACCCACUUGUGGUGAAAGAUAGGCAUUUACCCGAAUUUCGAGAUGCUGCCAAAAUGGUGCGGUACCAGACUCUCUAUCGCCAAUGUCACAGCGGGAGUGCUAUGGGCUGGACCAUUGCGUUUAUCGUGUACAAGGGUCUGCUGUUGCUGGUCUCUGUUUGCUUGGUCUGGCCUACCUGGGUGAUGUCGGUGAAGAGAGAUGCUGGAGACAGCAGUCUAGUUGGUUUGGCUAUGGUUAUCAUUGCCUUGGCGACUGUUGUCGGAGUUCCAGUAGGUGUCCUCGUACAAGAAGAGCCAAACGUCAACUUUGGCGUUAUAGCUGGCUUCACGCUCUUCGCUAUCAUAGCUACGAUUUUGUUGCUUUUGAUUCCCAAGCUUAUCGCACUCAAAAGGGGGGAGAUGGAACCGUCGCUUUGGUCGCCAUUGCGGCCCUACAUCGAGGAGUUGUUCGAUGACGUAGGCGAUAAGAAGCCUUCUCGUGCCACAGAGAACUGAGACGCUAAAACAAGUGACGACAACCAAGGCGAUGGAAGUGCAGCUCAAAUCUAGUUCGUUUAAAGAAGUGGCUUAUGACUGACCUCAAAGUACUGCCACGGCUUUUAGUUUAAACUCAAUGAAUGGACAAGUUUUCUACCCUCAUUCCACCGUGGAUGAUUUUAUAUGAUAGGUCACUUUAUUUGUUAAGGAUUUAAAAAUGGAUAAAUUUGUCCAUUUCUAUCUUACUGUACAUAUUCAAAAGCAAUCGUACGAGUAACUGUGAUUAGUCGCAUGCAAACCAUGCUACAUGUAAACACCUAAGGAUGCUGAAAUACAUCAAGCAUGCUUAAAUGCAUAUGUAAAUAAUGAAAUACAUUAGCAGUAAACUUAUUUUUAAAAGAUAUGAUAUACAGUUUGAUGCAGAGCUGUUGCCAACUAAGUUCAAUUUCAUCGCUAGAGCUUGGCGAUAGAAAAAAAAUAAUAUCAGCUUAUAGUGUCAGAGAACACGCGUGCAGCUUCAAUCUGAAAUAUUUUGAGUUCUAUAGUACAGGGUAUGUAUCAGAAUACAUAUAAAUUUUGAAUCUAUAUGAGUGAUCGAGCGUCAACAUUAUGUUUUAUCGUCUCACAACAGAAAAUUUCACUAUCAACCACAAGAAUCCUUAAAGUCAUUUUGUACGUAUGUCACCAAGUUUCUAUACUUGUCCUGUUGCAACAGUCCUUUUCUGAAAUCCAAAUAUGACUUUGCUCAUUUUAUGCUUAAAUCCCUUUCGGCACCAACCGUUUCUGUUACUCUCAUAAAUCGCACACAUUUAGUAUAUUUAGGACAUUCGUCUAGAAUAUUGAUAUGUAAUAU